AUUGGCUGAAUUCUGGGCUGAUCGGCAUCAUCUACACUCUCCAUGGGGCGUAAACUACACGCUUUCAAACCUCAAAUGGGCGUGACAGUCUAUGAGCAAAAUGAAACAAACAUAAGCACAGAGCCCACCGUUUCACGUUCGGAAAGAGAGGGAAAGUGUUGUGUUGUACAUUUUCAAUUUGCUCCCUGAAAUGCAAUGCCAAGUGCCCCUUCUCACAAUCAGACUCGAGUCGCAGCAAACAAAGUGAAAAAGCUAUGGCAGUUUCUCUAUUGGUGUUUUUGGCUCCAUCUGCACCUUGUCGAUUUCGCUAUUUGCUCUAUAUAUGGCUAUAUAUAUGUUUCUCGCUGUUUGUCCGAUUUUGCUCGUCUGAAGAGAAAACGUGAUUUUGAGGAUUCGGAGCGAUGCCGCUCUCUAGCAUACGAGAAAGGGUGCGGGACAUUCUCUCUACUUACCGUGUCGAGCUUGUUUCUCUUCUUUCCAGGUAUGUGGCUCAAGGGAAAGGAAUUCUGCAAGCUCAUCAGCUGCUAAUAGAGCUUGCCAGAGUCGUUAAAGAUGACGAAGGAUUGGAGAAGCUUCGCGAUAGCCCCUUCACUAAAAUGCUUGAAUCUGCACAGGAAGCUAUUGUCCUACCUCCAUUUGUUGCAAUAGCAAUUCGUCCAAUUCCUGGUGUUUGGGAAUAUGUUCGCGUUAAUGUCUAUGAACUCAGCGUGGAUCAUUUAACUGUUGCUGAAUACCUUCGAUUAAAAGAAGAACUUGUGGAUGGCCAAUGCAAUGACAAUUAUGUGCUUGAACUUGAUUUUGAGCCAUUUAAUGCAACAUUCCCCCGGCCAACCCGGUCAUCAUCCAUUGGAAAUGGGGUUCAAUUCCUGAACCGUCACCUAUCUUCAAUUAUGUUUCGCAACAAAGAAAGUUUGGACCCUCUGCUUGAUUUUUUGCGUAAGCAUAAGCAUGAUGGUCAUGCCCUGAUGCUGAAUGAUCGGAUACAGAGCAUACCCAAACUACGUUCUGCUUUGGCAAGGGCAGAAGAACACCUCUCUAAGCUUCCACCAGAUACACCAUACUCUGAGUUUGAAUUUGAGUUACAAGGAAUGGGUUUUGAAAGAGGUUGGGGUGACACAGCAGAACGGGUAUCAGAGAUGGUGCAUCUGCUCUUGGAGAUCCUUCAGGCUCCGGAUCCUUCGACCUUAGAGUCAUUUCUUGGGAUGAUUCCUAUGGUUUUCAAUGUCGUCAUUGUGUCUCCACAUGGUUACUUUGGUCAAGCAAAUGUCUUAGGAUUGCCAGACACUGGUGGGCAGGUUGUUUACAUACUUGAUCAAGUGCGUGCAUUAGAGAAUGAGAUGAUAUCUAGAAUAGAAAAACAAGGAUUGGAUGUUACCCCAAAAAUCCUUAUAGUCACACGACUAAUACCCAAUGCAAAAGGCACAACAUGCAACCAGAGACUUGAAAGAAUCAGCGGUACGGAACACACAUAUAUUUUGCGGGUGCCUUUUAGAAAUGAGAAUGGUAUUCUUCAUAAAUGGAUUUCAAGGUUUGAUGUGUGGCCAUUCUUGGAGACCUUUGCAGAUGAUGCAUCAAAUGAAAUUGCUGCCGAAUUACAAGGAGUUCCAGAUCUUAUUAUUGGAAAUUAUAGUGAUGGAAAUCUUGUUGCUUCUUUGUUGUCUUAUAAGCUAGGAAUUACGCAGUGCAACAUUGCGCAUGCAUUGGAGAAAAUAAAGUAUCCGGAUUCUGAUAUAUACUGGAGAAAAUAUGACGACAAGUACCAUUUUGCAAGUCAGUUUACAGCUGAUCUUAUUGCAAUGAACAAUGCAGAUUUUAUUAUCACUAGUACGUACCAGGAGAUUGCAGGAAGCAAGACUAAUGUUGGACAGUAUGAGAGCCAUACUGCUUUUACUCUUCCUGGGCUGUAUCGAGUUGUUCAUGGUAUUGACGUUUUUGAUCCCAAGUUUAAUAUAGUCUCUCCGGGAGCAGAUAUGUGCAUAUAUUUUCCAUACUCCGAAAGGGAAAGAAGACUUACUGCUUUACAUGGUUCAAUUGAAGAACUCUUAUAUGAUCCUGAGCAGAAUGAGGAGCAUGUAGGUUUUUUAACAGACCAAUCAAAGCCCAUCAUCUUUUCCAUGGCAAGACUUGAUAGGGUGAAGAACCUGACAGGACUUGUUGAGUGCUAUGGUAGAAGCAGCCAGCUAAGAGAACUUGUGAAUCUUGUUGUGGUUGGUGGGUACAUAAAUGUGAAGCAAUCCAGGGAUAGAGAAGAAAUGGCAGAGAUUGAAAAGAUGCAUGCCCUCAUAAAGCAGUAUGAUCUGCAUGGCCAGUUUCGCUGGAUAGCUGCCCAAAUGAACCGUGCUCGUAAUGGUGAGCUCUAUCGGUACAUUGCUGAUGCAAAAGGUGCUUUUGUACAGCCUGCUUUCUAUGAAGCUUUUGGCCUCACUGUUGUGGAAGCCAUGACUUCUGGACUUCCUACUUUUGCCACUUGUCACGGUGGUCCUGCUGAGAUCAUUGAGCAUGGGAUUUCAGGGUUCCAUGUUGACCCCCAUCAGCCUGAAUGUGCUGCUGCACUUCUCAUCAAUUUCUUUGAACGGUGCAAGGAAGAUCCUAGCUACUGGAACAAGAUUUCUGAUGGAGGGCUUAAAAGAAUUUAUGAGAAGUAUUUCCGUUUCUUGCUUUCAGAAUUUACCUUGUUCUUGCCCGUGAAAAUGGUCGUUUUUACCAAUUCCCUCAAUUUUGAGUUUUGUAGGUAUACAUGGAAGAUAUAUUCUGAGAGGUUGCUGACAUUAGCUGGAGUUUAUGGCUUCUGGAAGCAUGUGUCUAAGCUUGAGAGGAGAGAGAUAAGGCGAUACUUGGAGAUGUUUUAUGUUCUCAAGUUUCGCAAUCUGGUGAAGGCUAUGACACCAGCAGUUGAUGAGCAGCCGUAAGCUCUUGUGGGCCGAAGAGGCUGGCUACUGUUUAACAUGUUUAUGUUUAAUCAAAAUGUUGCUUCUUUCGUAGUAAUAAUUUGUGGUUGUUCUUUUCAAAAAAAAAAAAUAAUAAUUUGUGGUUGUUUUUUUAUUUGCAGAACAAUUUCAUAAUUUUGUGCUA